UCGCCUCCCUUCUUGGGCUGUCAGGGAUUCAGACAUCAUGCGGUCAUCUGUGGGUGGUGACAGACCAUAGCGUGUGUAUACAGUCUGAGUGGCAAACAAACGCACACACACACAUACGGGCCUGCUGAGACGGUGAACUCGGGGGGAAGCUCCAGCAGCUCAACGGCGAUGAAAAUGGAUUUAAAUGCCAUCAUAGAGCAAAUGGAGACGGGAGAGCAGGACACUGCUCUGGCGGCUCUACAGAGCUACAACAAGGAGAUGAACCAGUGCUUUACAUUCAGCAGGGAAGAAGAGCAGGACAGAGAGCAUCUGGGGGAGCUGGUGCUCAGUUUCCUGAACAGGGAGUUGCAGCCUUCCUGUCAGCUGGCAUGUCUCGAAACAGUUCGCAUCCUGUCCAGAGACAAACACUGUCUGGACCCCUUCAUCAGCCGCUCUGCCAUGUCCACUCUCGCUCGCUACGCCGGCAUCGCCAUGGCCAGCACCGCCAUGGCCAGCACUGCCACACCUGCUCACAACGAGCUGGAGGAGGGCCGAGUGGAGGGUGAGGGGGGAGAGGGGCAAGGAGCCGAUGAGGUGGUGAAGGAAGCUUCCCCUCCGUCAGAAAACCCUGACCAGGAAGUGAUUGUUGAGGCUCUCAAGUCCAUUUGUAACAUCUUGCUACACAAUGAGACAGGACAGGUGGUAGCUGCAGAUCUGCAGCUGAUAAAGGGAGUGGCAGAGAGGCUGAAGCAGUGUCAUGAUCCCACCUGGAACCAUGAGGUGCGUUUCUUUGACUUGCGCCUCACCUUCAUGCUGACUGCCCUGAGAGUGGACGUCAGGGCACAGCUAGCUCAGGAGCUUCAUGGCAUCAGUCUGCUAGGAAACCAGUUGGAGGCCACACUGGGUCUGUGUUGGCCAGAUACAUUGGAGACAGCCAGGGCAGGGUUUGAGGGCGUCCCACCUGAAGAGCUACCCCCACUGAGUCGGCAACAGACGGAGCUGGCCAUGGAAAUACUGAAAAUCCUGUUCAACGUCACGUUUGACACGUCUAGGCGCAAGGUCGACGAGGAGGAGGCAGCAGAGUACAGACAUUUGGGAGCCAUGCUGAGACACUGUCUAAUGAGCCGUGCAGAUGGAGAGGAGCGGACCGAGGAGUUCCACGGCCACACCGUUAACUUGUUAGGUAACCUCCCUCUGCCCUGUUUGGAUGUACUGUUGAUGCCCAAGGUGCAACAAGGCUCCAUCGAGUACAUGGGGGUCAACAUGGAUGCUGUCAACAUGCUGCUGGAGUUCAUGGAGAAAAGACUGGACCGAGGACAUAAGCUGAAGGAGACCCUGCUCCCCUCACUCAACCUGCUAACUGAGAGCGGGCGCAUCCACCGAGAGACCAGGAAGUUCCUCAGGUCGAAGGUGCUGCCGCCGCUGCGUGAUGUGAAGAACAGGCCAGAGGUGGGCAACGCUCUGAGGAACAAACUAGUCCGUCUGAUGACGCACAUCGACACUGAUGUCAAGGAUUGUGCUGCUGAAUUCCUCUUUGUUCUCUGCAAAGAAAGUGUCUCAAGGUUCAUUAAGUAUACUGGAUAUGGUAACGCUGCGGGUCUGCUGGCUGCCAGAGGACUGCUUAGAGGGGGCAGAGACUCUGGGAUCUACUCUGAAGAUGAAGACUCUGAGACAGAGGAGUACAGAGAGGCCAGGGCUCACAUAAACCCGAUAACAGGAGUUGUAGAGGAGGACCAGCCUAAUCCCAUGGAGGGAAUGACAGAGGAGCAGAAAGAAUAUGAAGCUAUGAAGCUGGUCAACAUGUUUGACAAACUGUCAAGGAACAACAUGAUCCAGCCCAUGCAGCUCGGCAUGGACGGCAAGAUGAGAGAGAUGACUCCAGACGAUCUGCUCAAACUCACCCACAAUCCUUUGUUCCAGCCAGGAGAGCCGGCUAACUCAGACAGUGAAGACGAGGCUUAGCCAACCCAGAGAGGCAGAAACAGAUUUAACUCCUGUGACAAUCCCUGCAGAUCUGUCUGCUUAUUUAAAAUAUUCACACGCCACACUGUCCGGCCUGCUCCUGUUUGUUUGUUCUGAUGGGAGGAGGAAAGUUGGGAUUAGUUUAGUCAGAGUAAAACUCAGCGCAGAGACAUGGGAGGUGACUUAAAGGACCAUAUCACUGGCUUUGUAUCUACUACUGCUGACCAUUUUCCAAAGAGUAUCACCAGUGUGCAGAUUCGUUUUCUUCCCUCCAGACGUUUUGUUUCAAUCCAUUUCAGCACACUGUAAAAAAACUGAACAUCUUCACUGUGGAAAAAAAAUAUAGAAUUAAAAUUGUAAAAUAUAGAGUUGUUCAUUCGAGGGAGAUUUGGUUUUUGGAAGGUUAAGAUGUGACAUCGUUCCUCAGUCAACUCAAAUAAUCAACAGUCUCCAAAUGGCUCCUUCAUUAGAUUCACACAGCAAAUGUUAGCGUUUGUGCACACGUCAGAGGGUGGUGGAGGAAAAGCCAAAACCUCAGAUAUCGGAGCGUCCUCGAACACACCAACACAGAAACUUUCCUAAGCAGCCCUCUGCUCACACCUCCAUCACUACAGGACCAAAGCAAAAUAAGAAUAAGCUCCAGUGUCUGCAGCCAGUUUCACUUCUGUAAAGCUGAUUUUCUGGUUGUUAGUGAAGAAAACAUCAGUGUGGGCCUUUAAAUCAUCUCCUGUCUCGAAACAGAGACACGGUGACAGUGAACGCAGCAGAGCUUUGUUUCUGACAAACUUUUCAUUUAUCGUGGAUUUUUGGUUCAUCACAGGAUCAGUGAUUCGUUACACUUCAUGUUUCUGUGCAUGUCUCUGUGUGCCUGAGCUCUGUGUGUGUAUGCUCAUGUCAUCUUUGACUGGUCACUGGUAUUUCUCCAUCACCUCCACACACACUGUGUGCUGUGACCAGUACUGGCUCCACAGUGUAAAAAAACAAAAAAACAAAAAACAAACAAAACACAUCAGCACCUCUCUGACACAAAACCUGAACCUCAAACGCAUCGCGGAGGUGGUGUGUGUGAUUCAGGGUUCGUUAUUUCAGCAUGUUAAGGAUCAGAAGGUCACAGUGUGAACUGAACACUAACUGCAAACACAACAGCUAGCUGGGCCCACCUGACACCUGAGACCCAAACCACUAACAGCAUGUUAUCCCAGUAGUCUGGAUUGGAUUUGUUGAAGUCUUCGGUUUUGAGACUUCAACAAACUUCCCUGUUACUGUUACUCAGGAGAAUCCACAGAGCGCUCUGUCCUCGGUGUGUGUGCCGUGAUCUCUUCACAGCAGGAAACACUGGAAACUAGUCUGUAUCUCUGUCUGAAGCUGAACUUUGUAGGAACAUUUUUUUUUUUACACAUUGUUGAAGCUUCUCACGAUCAGAUAAAGAGCCGUGGUUUCUCCUCCUCGUGAGAGCAGGAGAAACUAUGAAAGCUAAAGAGACGUUCAGCCUGCGACGGUGGAAUCAGCUGUAUUUUUGGGACAAAGAGAAAAAUAAGACUGAAUUUUAGAUGUUUUUCAUAAAGCCCGUCAGAUGCUUUAUUUUUAGAAGUGAAAUGUGAAACCGCUGACAGAUGUGUUAUAAUUUUAGACUGAAGAAGACAUAUUCUUGCAGAGAGUCUAUAAGCUGAAACACGUUAUAUAUUAACUGUAUUCUCCUUUAUAUAGCUGCUAACUACCAUAGACUGUAAUAUGCAUUAAAUGUG